AUGUGCGGAACGAUGAUGACGCGAGGAAGGGACGACGCGGGCGAGGGGACGUCGACGAGGGAGCGGUUAGCGUUGGAUUCCCUCGCGCGGGCGAUCAUGACGAGGAGGAUGCGGCACGUGUACGGGCAUUUAGGAAGUGGGGUUCGAGUGCGAGUGAAUGCGGCUUUGAUUUUACUCGCGGCGAUCGUCGGGAGAGGGAAGCGGAACGCCGCGGAGUUGUUUCGUACGUUUGAUUUUUCGCUCGCGGCGUUGCCUAAGAUUGCGUCGCCGCCGCGAGAGGUGCGAGAUGGUGGUGUUUCGUCGAAACGUAAGAAGGAGCCGAGUGAUGUUCUCGCGGGAUCGACGCGAAGGGCGUUUUGUGAGUUCGUACUUGCGUUUUUCUCCACAAAGGAUCGCGCGUUGCUGCGUCCGGUGCUAGCGCAGCGCGUGUUGUUUGGAAACGUGGCGCGCUUCGCGGCUGGUGAUGAGGCAGAAAUGCAGUUCAGAAUGUUAGAAGUCAUGAAAGAGGACGUGAUGGCGAGUGAUAGUGGUAUACCCGCGCGGCUUCGCGCGGCUUUGUUUGGAGACGUCACCCUUGAACAGCUCGCCACCAUCGCGGGGCAGAGCGAAGACGAGGAAUCGACGUCAGGACGAGUUGCGGCGAUGGCGACGAGAGUGCUUUCGGAGCUUUUCACGGAUCCGGCACACGGGUUAGUGCCCGACGGAUCGACGACAUCGUCGAAAAAGUGCGCCUCAGUUGUUCGACUCCUACAAAAGCUUCGACCGAUUGAAUGCGACGCGCACUUGAAGAUUCUUCUCCUCGCGUGCGAGACGCAUCCAUUGCUCGCGACGAUGUAUUUGCCGGGAGCGAAGUACACUUUAGAGCCACGCCUGUCCGCGCAUUGGCUCAACAGCGCGAGUCUACUUGGAAGAAUAGCCGUCGCCGCAGGUAAAGAUGCAGCAUCUUCGGCGGCGGCGGCUCGACUCGAAGCCUCAAGCGUCGUCGGUGAGAGCGAAGGCUCGGCGUUUAUCAAAGCCGUUCUACCACCAGGUGUGAGUAAACAGACCUUGUCAAAAGGUUUAGCGCACAGCUCGCCGAUCAUUAGGCACGGCUCGCUGUGUUUAUUAGUUCAAGUGACGCGAGCAGUCGCCGCGCGGCUGACGCACUUGGACGCCGCCAUCGUAGACGCUCGAAACAGUGGAAGCGAUCAGAUAUGGCGAGUAGAAGAGUUAGCGUCGUACGCACGAUUAGCCGCGACGACAUACUUACCGGAAAUUCAGUCCAUAAUGACUGCGUACACGGCGAGCAAGGGGUUGAGUACGUCCGAAAAGGAAGCCACGGCGGCGUUGCUCGCGCGAUGCCACGCCCUCAACGCAAUGGCGACGCAGAUAAGCGUCAUUCCCGAGACGCUCGUGGACGCGAAGGUCGAUGUGAACAAAUUACUGCCUACAAAUGAUCCCACAAGCUUGGCACCGGCAGAGCUUGCGGCUGUCGUGCGCGUGCUUUGCUCCGCUAGGGGCUUGAAGGAGGCGGCGGGCGAUGACGUGUCGACGACGACGACGUUGAUCCAGGAAUCAGGCGUCAAUCAGGGACACCUGCUAUCUGUUUUGCGCGUCGUGAUUUUUGCCACAUCGCCUGAUGCUCGUGCGUCAGCAAGACGUCUUGCGAAGCAUUACUUGGUGACUUCAGGAGCGUUGGACGGUCGCACUGCGGAAGCCGACGUGUGGAUUGAUAAACUAACGUCUUUCAAGGUCGAUGGCUUUGAAUACUCUCGCGAUGUUUUGAUGUCAUGCACCGAGUUUUUGGCGGAAGCCACGACUGCGGCGGCGCGACGACGAUUUAAGCACGACUCGGUGAUACAAACCGCGUUAAAGGAAACGAAAGAUAACCGCCCUGAGCGGUACGUCGUGGAAGAUUUGUCCGACGAUUACCUCAACGCCGCGACGCUUUCAGUGAGUGCGCUCGCCGUGACAGCGUGCGAGAGCAUCGUCAAAGUGCUUAAAAGUGAAAAACGUGAUAGCGCGUUUAAGCUUUCCGUCAGUGCGUACGCGGCAUCCGCAUUGAUGAGCAUCGUACAGACGAGCUUUGAUCCUUGGGCGCUCGCGUCAAUUGCACUUGAAGCCAUCAGUGAUGAAGUAGCUGGAGCGUACGUGGCAAUGGGGUCGCUUCGCGAGUUUUUGUGCAACUGUACGAGCGAGACAGUCGAGCAACAAUUGGUCCCUCGCUCCGGUUCCGUUCCACGAGGAAAACGCCCGAAUGAGUGGUCAAUCAGCGAACUGUCUGAAGCGCUCGGACAUUUGGCGUCGCUUUCUCCGGAGGAUCGAGGACUGGUGCUUUUCUGCGCGCAUGCCCAUAUUCCAACGAUUGGAUUUAUCAGCGCAGAAUUAGCCUGUCUAACUCUCUACGGCACGGUGAAUACGGUCGACGAAAACGUUGAACUGACGACGGCGCUCGUUAACAGCCUUGCGGCAGCCGACGUAAUCGCGGCGUGCGCGUCUGGACCACGUCCCGUGUUGGGUAUGAGUAUGACUCACGCUUCGCCGGCGUACGAGCUUUGUUCGCGUGCGAUCGCGAUGUGCCCGUUGCGUGAGGUUGUCCGCACCUCUCGCGCGCUCGUCUUUUGGUGCAAAUGGAACCACGCGCGCGGCGACGCCAAGACAACGUCGCGACUUAUCGAGCUCUGUAAAGUCGUGCUCAGUCGUGCGCGACAAGAAUGUCAUGACCUACUACGCGAAGUUCAAGUCGUGUUGCUCGCAACGACAGCAAUGUACGCCAUUUUAGACGAUUCAACAAGUUCCGCCGUGUCGGAUCUCGUAAUGUUUGGCGCUGCUCUCGCGUGUGAUGGCAAAGGCGAACUCUACCGGCCUUACGUCCUGCGUUCGGUGGAGAGUUUGACGUCCACAAUAAACGCGAAGUUCCAAAAAGUGUCCAAAAUCGGUUCCCUGAACGUUUCACUGGUAGCUUUGGCAUCGAACGAACAAAAGUUGAGCCUUUUGGAGAUGAGCGAAGCGAAUUCAAUGCCGGAAGUGGCCGUUCUAAUUGCCGAAGCCGUCGUGGACGCGCCGAGUUCGAGCUCGCCUGUGCGAAUGCACGCUGUUCGUUUUGCCGUUCGCAUCGCGUUGAGCGAAGCCUCGACUGAUUCUCUCGUAAGAACGUCGUGUCGAGUAGCAAAAGCUGCGAUCGACUCACUGCACGCGCUCGAAUCAAGAGAAGUACUCUCUGGAAGGGCACCGGACUUUGCCGCGGUGCCGGAGGCUUUGGAUUUGGUUCAGAGCGUUGUGAAUGAUCACAGCUCGGAGGCCAGAGUGCAAUUGGCGGCCUCGUUUUUAGCGCACUCGGAGUCGCUUGCGUCAUGGUAUCUCACAGACGUAUCCACGAAGAGCUUAUCACACGAUGAUCUGUUCAAACUGUUGCCGCUGAGCGAACGAGCGAUGUGCUGGAACGCGCUCUACCACACUACGCCGAAUGCCGAAGACUUGGCGACGGAGUACCGAAAUCUCCUCAUCGACGCGUGCUUCGAGGAUGGUGACGUCAUAUCAUCGUCCAUAUCCAACCACGCCGUCGGAACACUGGUCUCAUGCUUGCAAAUCGCACCCUUCAGUGCUGAUUCGUCUGAGUACGAGCGCUUCGUCGAACGCGCAACACCGCCACAGGGCUGGACCCGCGAAAGCGACAUCGAAAUCAUUCGCGCGCAGAUUGCCGUGAGGGUCUUUGUCGAGAGCGAUGCACUCGACGAAAAGCUCAGGCUCGUGACAUGUCUGCUCCAAUCUCUUGCGGCUUUGACACCUACCAACAAAAUGAUCAAGCGCGACGCUUCGGCGGAAAAAUACCUCGCCGAAUCCUUAACCAGAGCGCUGGAUGAGAUUCAACGACGACCGCUCUCGAGUCCGAGCGCGCCCGUUUUGAAUCGGCUCGUAAAUGCGUGCGAAGCGUUCAUUUUGCAGUCUAUCGCGCAUAGGUUCCGCUCGCAUCGACGAUUUGGCGUCAUCGGGCGAAUUGGUGCCGUGUUAAACGAGCUCCAGUCGAUCAGGACGCAAACGCACCUCGGCAUGCAAACGCUCGCCGAGGGUGUCGUUUCGCAAAUCGUCGCGCAUCCCCUGUUCACGCGCGUUCUCACAACCGGGUCGAGUGAUGACGAUGCGACGUUACCCGCAAAUGUUCGCGAUAUGCCAAUCACCGUUAAGUCGAUUAUCGAAGUCGUCGAGGAUACGUCAGCGUUUGAAACCGGCGCGGUGGCGUCAAACUCGAGUGAGUUGAAACUGGAAUUGUUGCGCGUUUUGAACUCUUUCUGGAAAUUACAAGAUGCGAAUGGGGCAAACGAGACGAUCGCGUGCAGAAAGUGGCGCGCUGAACGAGCGAACACACUCAUAACGCUCGCUUCGGGAUACGGCGCGACGAUGAGCGAAACCGAUCGCGUCGCGCAAGACUUGAUGCUCGCCAUCGACGCGAGCACGGGCGGCGGCGCGUUGCGGUCGCUCGGAUACCUCUGGGGCGAGUCAGUGACGCACUUCGUGAAAGCGACGAUCGCAAUUCGCAGAAAUGAAAACGAAAGCUACGACGUCGAAGAUUUGCUUUACUCCGAGCCGUCUCCAGCGCUUGUGGCGUCCGCUAUUCGAGAGGGUUCGCCGCCCGAUGCGCGCCGCGCGGCGGCGACGGCUAAUCGCUACCCUGUGACGCGAUCAACGCCACCUUCAACGGCCAUGGUGUCGGAUGAAACACUCGAUGAGUGCGUUUCUUUUGGAUACGACCCUUCGUGGGUCCUUCCUUUUGCCCUGCGCUCGCUCAUGACGGAUGCCAUGGAUCCGCGCGAGGCGAUCGCGUGGGGACUCGCCCCGCUAGCGGCGGCCGCGCUUUCAUCUCACGAUGAAGCCACGCGCCGAGUGGCGUACGCUAUCCUAUCGACGUUGGAGCAUCGGGUUAGUGAUCCAAUGAUGUCGUUCCGCGAGCGAACUCAAGUGUUGGCGUGCCUGAGCGCGAUACGAAACGCGACGAGCGAGGCGUUGAUUCGUUGGCCCUCGCCGAGCGCCGUGCUCACGGCUGAGUGCAUGAUUUCGUGUUUGUACCCCGAACUUGAUACCUUCUUACCGCUUCAGAGGCAACUCAACAAGCGCGCGGCGCUCGAUCUCGACGGUCUUCCCAUGUUUCUUCCCAUGCUGAACAGCGGUGAUGUUGACGCCAGACAGCACCGUUUUUGGAUCCUUCGCUUGCUCCGAGCGUCGUUGAAGGAUGACGUCGACGCCACGAUGUUUCGUAAAACUUUCGCCUUGGAGGUGGUGAUGAGUCAUUACAGCACGACCUUAGCGGAGCCUUUCGUGCGGUUCCUCAUGCUUGAUCUCAUCUCGCGCGCGUGCGCCGUGCAAUUUGCCGCCCGACCUCUCGUCGAAGGCGGCGGUUUGAUCGCUUGGUUGGCCUCUGUGGCGCGCGCGGCGUGCGUCGACGAUGAGCACGGGAUUCGUUCCGGUGAAUCCUCCAACUUGCGAGCGGCAACGGCAAGAAAAGCCGUUGAAGCACUUGUGGCGCUGAUCCGCCAGAAAGGUUCGAUUUAUCUCGGUCCGACGGGUACGGCGGCGGAUUAUUUGUCGGCGUUGCAAACAAUUCGCGGCGCCCUCUUGCGCGGCGACGCCCCGUCACACGCCGAAAUCGCCAGUCGUCGCGCGGCACUCGGACCGUACUUGAAGCUUCACAUAGAAAUUGCGGAGCGAUUACGCCGGCGCAUCGCUGAAGUCGGCGAUCCCGUGGAAAUCGCCCGUUUGUGUCGCGCGGCGGAUGAGGCGCCUAACGCGGCGGCGCUCCGAGACGACAUGUUCAGAGUCGUCGUGACUUCCGAAGGCGGUGGUCAGUACGCCAAGCGGUGCACGCGCGAGACUUCUCGCGCACUCGCAGAUGCAGUAACUUUUUCUGCUUCUUGGGCCGCCGCACACGCCGCCGAUGUAUCUGAGCGCGUGUCCAAACGCGCCGGCGAGGACGCCUUCGAGGCGACGGCGCGUUGGUGCGCCAGCGCGCUCGCGAAUGGGGGCGCUUCGUUCGUCAACGCGCUCAUGAGCGCGCACGAGUGCGGUGGUGUCGUGCGAUUUGCCAACAUCAUGACGGCGUGCGAACGCGCGUCGUGCGACGCCGCGCGUCGCGAGUUGCGACUCCCUUGCUUAGCCGCGCGGCUGUAUCUCUUGCGCGCGGCGCAAGCCUUCGCCGACGAGUCGACGUCUGAAGCCGACGCCGCGAUGAAGCGCGCGAUCGCUGACGAUAAAACCGACGACUUUGUCGCCGGAGGCGCGCUCGAUCGCGCCGUCGCCGCGACCGCCGCGGGAGACGCGACUGCGUUCGUCUUCGCGACGGCGCGUCUUCGCGCCGCCUUCGCAGGGGUGGGUUUCGCGCGCGCGCGCGACGACGCGAACGACGAAAACCAGCCGUCAAAGAAGAAACCCAAGAAGUCACGGGUGGCGUUGCGAUGA